CUCUCUAAAACUACAUAAAUGUUAAGGUUUAGCAUGAUGAAUUUUAGGUUUGUCAUUCUUAUUGCAUUUCUUGUCUGGUCCUCAGACAAUGCAUCUUGCAUUGCCACACAACAAAAGCAAUGGAGGCAUAGAAAAGCCAAUGCACCUAUCUUAGGCCAAAGUGUCUCCCUUUUAGACAGUGGUGCAACCUUCAAUGUCUUAAGUUAUGGUGCUAAAGGUGACGGAAGAGCAGACGACACAAAGGCAUUUGAACAAGCUUGGACAGCUGCUUGUGUGGUGGAAGGAUCAACGGUGCUGGUUCCAUCAGGGUCUGUAUUUCUAGUCAGACCCAUCUCAUUUUCGGGACCCAAUUGCAAGUCAAAAAUUGUUUUCCAGUUGGAUGGGAAAAUCAUUGCUCCCAGUAGUUCUGGAGGUUGGGGAUCAGGUCUUUUACAAUGGAUAGAAUUUAAAGAUCUCAAAGGAAUAACAAUCAGAGGUAAAGGAAUUAUUGAUGGACAAGGCUCAGUCUGGUGGAAAGACAACAAUCCAUUGGAAGAAUCAGAUGAAAAUAAUAGUGCAGAUGAUUUGCAGAUAUACACAGAUGCAGCGGGAGGAAUGCCAAGCACAAAACCAACUGCACUUAGAUUUUAUGGAAGUUCUGAUGUCAUAGUUACCGGGAUAACCAUACAAAACAGCCCACAGACACACCUCAAGUUUGACGAUUGUGUUGGGGUUCAAGUUUUUAGCAUGAGCAUUUCGUCCCCUGGUGACAGCCCUAAUACAGACGGAAUCCACCUUCAGAAUUCCCAAGAUGUGGUCAUUCACAGCACCUCUCUUGCUUGUGGGGAUGACUGUAUAUCCAUACAAACAGGAUGCUCCGGUGUAUACAUACACAAUGUGAAUUGUGGACCUGGUCACGGAUUCAGCAUUGGGGGGCUGGGGAAGGCCGGUACUAAAGCCUGCGUUUCAAAUAUUACUGUUCGCGACUCCUCGCUGCAGAAUACAUUGACUGGUGUAAGAAUAAAGACGUGGCAGGGUGGCUCAGGCUCGGUGCAAGGAGUGAUGUUCUCAAAUAUUCAAGUUUCUGGAGUUGAAAUUCCUAUAAUGAUCGACCAGUAUUAUUGCGACGGGCACAAAUGCCCAAACAAGACAUCAGCUGUAGCUGUAUCAGGCAUCUCCUACCAGUUUAUAAAAGGAACAUAUACUUCAAAACCUGUUCAUUUUGCCUGCAGUGACUCCACGCCGUGCUCAGGUGUAACAUUGACAACUAUAGAGCUAAAUCCAUUACAAGAAAAGAACAGAUUGGAAGAACCUUACUGUUGGCAAACUUUUGGGGAACUAAGAACGUCUACUACCCCUCCGAUAACUUGUUUGCGAACGGGAAAUCCGUCCAACAAAUAUGUUCAUAACAGUGGAGAUUCCUGUUAGACCAGGCUAAAUGUAUUAGCACUUUGCAAAUGAUAUAUCCGACCCGGGAAUAGCUAGUAUAAUGUAGGUAAUGUGUGGCACAGUUUGAGGGAAUUGGGACUCUCUCAAUCCAGCAUAUAGGUUAUGGAAUAUUUGAACUAUUCUGCAACUUUCUACCAAAUACUCAGUCCAGCAUCAGAUUAGUUGGAUAAUACCUCUGUUAUCAGCUAAUUUUAUGAAGACAAUGGUGGAGAUAUCCACUUGAGUUAAUUCGAUAUUAGAAAUUGUGUAGAAGUUAAAAUCAAAGUCAAAGUUAGUGGCGAGAAUUUUCACCAAUACCGUUGUACCCUUAUCUUGAGCUCGCGUGUGGAAACCUAUACUUUCUAAUAUGAAAGCGUAAACAUGAACUUGAUUAUGAACUAUGAGCAAA